AGAAACCGUUAACACUGUGAAACUAAGUGCAUCAUCUAUUUGUCAUUUAUAGGCGCAUAUACGGUAAAUGGAGUUGUCAUGUGGACUGUAUUUUUAAAGUAGAUGCACGGAAAUUCUGUCUUCGUUUUUCGUGCCACGCAGUGUGUUUUUGACACUCCCUGGGGGGUUCGAGACGCUCUAGAAAAUAGAAAGCCGAAACCUGGAUACCAUAUUAGCCAAUCAACGGUGCGCGAUGUGUUUAAAGGUCCACUAAAAUACAGCGCAUUCGCCAAGAGAAGGAGGAACUGUCCACAUGGACUCUUGCCGGCAGCCGGUCACUGUUCGUGUGUUCUUCAGCGUGAUUGUUUUAGAAAAUGCUCGUUUCAGCCGCGCAGUUAAGUAAGAGGACAUUAAAAGCAUUCGUUAUGGUGCAGAACGAUCAGCUCCUUUAGAAGGGCUUGGACCGCACCGGUCCACUUGUUGCACAUCGGCGACUUUGCAGCACGCAGGCUGCUGAGAGCGAAGGACUUCGAUAACAGCAACAGGUUGGAGCAUCACACUGCUGAGCCCCGAGGAGCGAUGUAGCUCCUGCGACCUUCGUUCAUUUUCUAAACGGGACAUUGAACUUGUUGAAUUUAACAAAUUUAUUAUUUUUUUUUCUUCAAACGUCGACUAGAAGUAACUAAUGAUACAAGCAACUGCGAGUUCAUUAAUUUUAAAUGUGAACUGUGAUGCGUUCGUUGUGAUGCACGAAUCGCCCUACAUAUAAUACAUUGCACCGGAGUAACCAGUAAUAAUCCGCGUACUGACCAACUAUUGUGCAGCUCUCGUCUUUACAGUCGCAUUGCUGUAGGCUAGCUGUGACAGCGGCAACAGUUGAUCUGGUUAAACCAGUGGUUUAUUUUAAAAAGUAGUUCUUCAUAGUAAAUUUCAUCACUCUUACUAUUCACUAUUCUGAUCUGUUAGACGAAGGCUUAGAGGCAGCGGCCGCUGAAUUGCUGUAGUUGCGAGCGGUGUCACUUUGCUGCAAGAACGCUUCAUACGAAUAACCUUCAUUUGAACGGCACUGAAAUCAGCAUUUUGGCGCCGGCACGCGCUCACCAUGCCCGUGCUCACGAGCCCGGAGUUCGCCACCCAGUUCAAGGAGAAAUGGCUGAGGCUCCAUCCCGAGGACGAGGACAACGUGAGCGGCUCCGUCCACCUGGACGACAGCCUCACGAGCCUCCACUGGCUCCAGGACUUCUCGAUCCCGGGCGCGAACCUGGACCGACCCCCGAGCUCCUCCUGCCACUGCCAGUCGGAGCCCCAGGGCACCGGCUCGCCCGCCAGCCCGCCCGCCGGGGACACGGCCGCCACGGGCAUGAUGCCUCGCGGCCCGGGCACCCCGCUCGCGUGCGUCAGCGCCACCGCGUGCCUGAACUGGGGCCGGCGACGACGGGAGCAAGUGGCGGCGGCGCCCGAGAGCCCGGGCGAAGACACGGACUACAGGACGAACCCUCAGGUGAAGCCGCCUUAUUCCUACGCCACUCUUAUCUGCAUGGCCAUGCAGGCGAGCAAGGAGACGAAGAUCACCCUGUCGGCCAUCUACAGCUGGAUCACAGAGAACUUCUCCUACUACAGGCACGCGGAGCCCAGCUGGCAGAACUCAAUUCGUCACAACCUUUCGCUGAACAAAUGCUUCAGGAAGGUACCCAGGCAGAAGGACGAGCCUGGAAAAGGUGGCUUCUGGCAAAUCGAUCCUCAGUAUGCUGACAUGUUUGUCAACGGAGUCUUCAAACGCCGGCGAAUGCCUGCUACUCACUUCAGCACUAACAGGCAGAGCAAAACCUCAUCAGGUUUGGAUUCCUUGUAUAAUUCCACUGGAUUUGUGUACCAAAAUGGGCACCAGCCUGACUUUGGCCAUUUUGAGACAAAUCAGAGCCCCUACGGAGGGGUGGGUUUGGGCAACAAACGCAAGCAGGCUAUGCCAAAACGAAGUUCCAAGGUGGCAAGACGAGCAAAAGACCAGCUGCUGGUGCCUGAAGUGAAAGAAGUCGAUGUGCUCAGAGGGGAUUUUGACUGGAGCUCCUUGUUUGAUGACGUAUUCAGUGAGAGAGGCAGCAACUUUGAGGACCUGGAUAUCAAUGUGGCCCUGAGCUCGCUGGGGUGCGAAGUGGAUGUUUCCCUGCAAGGCCGGCCCCUGGGUGGCGUGGCGAAGUGGGGUGGCAGUGGGCUGGAGCAGGCCUACGGGUACAUGGAGGCUGGGGGUACUGUGGGAGAUUUGACCAGCAACCCGCUGCAGCAGCAGUACACCCCUGUGUUCCCACAACAUCAUGAAGAGAUGACCCUGUUUGCAGAGUCCAUGCGACACCCAUGGGAGGAGGUUAAAGAAGAGGUGCAGACCAUUCCUGUAACACUGGAGCAUGGAUUUUCUGUCUGUGAGGGAUUCUUCAGUGAGAUGCAAACCUGGGACAGGGCACAGUCUUACCUGUGA